AUGAGUACCGUAGUAGGUGUCGACUUCGGGACCCUGAACACGGUCAUCGCCGUCGCCAGAAACCGAGGUGUCGAUGUCAUCACCAAUGAGGUCUCCAACAGAGCGACACCCUCGCUAGUUGGAUUUGGACCCAAGUCCCGAUACCUCGGUGAACCGGCCAAGACCCAGGAAAUCUCGAACCUGAAGAACACUGUCGGCUCCUUGAAGCGCCUGACGGGCCGGAGCAUCAACGACCCCGACGUCCAGAUCGAGCAGCAAUAUGUUUCGGCUCCUCUCGUCGACGUCGGUGGUCAAGUGGGCGCCGAAGUCUCGUAUAUGGGCAAGAAGGAGAAAUUCUCAGCCACUCAGCUGACGGCUAUGCUCCUGAGCAAGAUCAAGCAGACGACCCAGAAUGAGCUGAAGCUACCCGUUUCCGACAUCGUCAUAAGUGUGCCGGCCUGGUUCACUGACGCCCAGCGGAGAGGCCUCCUAGACGCGGCCGAGAUCUCUGGUCUCAAGCUUCUCCGUGUGAUGAAUGACACCACGGCCGCUGCCCUCGGCUACGGCAUUACUAAACUCGACCUGCCUACGGCCGAGGAGAAGCCUCGACGUGUCGUGUUCGUCGACAUUGGCCACGCCGACUAUGCUUGCACCGUGGCUGAGUUCCGGAAAGGCGAGUUGAGUAUCAAGGCUACCACAUACGACCGUCACUUCGGCGGUCGGGACUUCAACCAUGCGUUGGUAAGCCACUUCCACAAGGAAUUCAAGGGCAAGUACCGGAUCGACAUCACGACCAAUCCCAAAGCCAUGGUCCGCGUCGAUGCCGCCGCGGAGAAGCUGAAGAAGGUGCUCUCUGCGAACCAACAGGCGCCCUUGAGCAUCGAGUCUCUCAUGAAUGACGUCGACGUGACCGCCAUGGUCACGCGGCAGGAGUUCGAGGCCCUCGUUGAGCCGCUGCUGAAUAGGGUCACUGCGCCCCUAGAGCAGGCCCUCGCUGACGCUGGGCUGACUAAGGAAGACAUUGACGUGAUCGAGUUGGUCGGUGGUGGUACCCGGGUUCCCUCUAUCAAGGAACGAAUCCAGUCUUUCUUCGACAAGCCGCUUUCUUACACGCUCAACCAAGACGAAGCCGUCGCCCGGGGUUGCGCCUUCGCCUGCGCCAUCCUCUCGCCCGUUUUCAAGGUCCGAGACUUUUCCAUCCAGGACAUCGUGAACUACCCCAUCGAAUUCUCCUGGGAGAAGGAUGUCGACAUCCCGGAUGAAGACACGAGCCUCACCGUAUUCAACAAAGGCAACGUCCUUCCUUCGACUAAGAUCCUGACCUUCUACCGGAAGCAGCCCUUCGACCUCGAGGCAAAAUACGCUAACCCCGAGGACUUGCCGGGCAAGAUGUCACCUUUCAUCGGUCGGUUCUCCGUCAAGGGUGUCAAGGCUGAUCCCAACACCGAGUUCAUGAUCUGCAAGCUCAAGGCCCGACUUAACAUCCACGGCGUCCUGAAUGUGGAGAAUGGAUACUACGUCGAGGACCAAGAGGUUGAGGAGGAAAUCAAGGAUGAUGGCAAGAAGGAUUCGGAAGCUAUGGAUACGGACGAUAAGAAGGAUCAAGACAAACCCAAGACUAGGAAGGUCAAGAAGCAGGUUCGCAAGGGCGACUUGCCUAUUGUGUCUGGCACCACGUCUUUGGACGAGGCGGCGAGGAACGCCCUCGCCGAAAAGGAAGCGGCGAUGAUCAUGGAGGAUAAACUUGUCGCCGACACCGAGGAGAAGAAGAACGAGCUGGAGACGUAUAUCUACGACCUCCGGAACAGGCUGGACGACCAGUAUGCGCCGUUCGCCGACGACGACGAGAAAGACCGAAUCAGGGCCAAGUUGACUGAGAGCGAGGACUGGCUCUACGAAGAUGGUGAAGAUGCCACUAAGGCUGUGUAUGUCGCCAAAAUGGAGGAACUCAGAGCUCUCGCUGGCCCUAUCACACAACGAUACUUUGACAAGGUCGAGGCGGAUCGGCAAGCGCUCCAGGCCAAGCUCGACGCCGAGAAAGCAGCCAAGAAGGCUGCCGAGGAGGAGGCUCGCAAGGCUGCCGAGGCAGACAAGGCCGAUGCCAGCAAGGAUGAAGAGAUGACGGACGCGGAGGCGGCAAAGCCGGACGAGGAUGGCCUAUCUUAGAGCAGCAUACGUUCUCCUCCCCGCAAGAGCAAGCGCAGGCGCAAGGGGGUCUCAUGACCAGCUGCUCGUUCCUCUCGGUUCGACAAGGUAACUACGCGCUUGCUGCACGAUAUAGAUGACGACGAAUAAAAGACUAGAGAGCCUAACGACAUGGACGAGGGCUGGUUGAUAGGCACAGGAACUUGCAUCGCUCCAGGGUUUGAUGAAUUGACCAUCACAUCGCGGUGUUCACGACGAAUAGAACUUUUUUGACAGACACAGGGAGGGGAUUGUCUCACUUGAUUAGCACCCCUCGGGCAUUUAGACAGACCAGGCAAUUAAUGGUACGCUU